CCACUGACAGGAGAGUUGUGCAGGAAGCUGCAGUUCCAGUGUGGGGAGUCUGAGCAGGACUCUACCAGGCAGUUAAAGCAGAACAAGAAAAGUGACGAACUGCUGGAACAGUACAGGUGUGAAACCCAGGAACUCAAGCUUAAACACCGGAAGCUGCGGAUGAAAUUUGAAAACCAACUCCAUCAACUGAUAGAGCAGCAUAAGAAUCUGCACUCUAUCUUUAAUCCAGAAAGGCUCCCAAUUGAAGUAGGGAGUGCUGAAAAUACAAAAAGUCAGCUGUUAUCAGCUGAGCUAAUGAAGUUGGCUCAGCUUCACCGCCUCAGUGAGGAGGUAGAAGAAGUGAAGAAACAGAAGCAGACAGGUACAACAGCUACAGACACUCAGGGAGACUAAAAGUGUGUGUUUGUAGGUAGUUUGUAAAAAAUCAGUUGUAAUAGUCUUGUCAGGUGAAUCUCCCAAAUGUCAGCUUGGAAGUGUUGCAGAAUCCCACCAACCUAGUACAGCGAAAACUAAAACUUAAGUUCAGCUCAAAGCUAAACUGAAAUAAUCCACACUUCCGUCACAAUUUGUUGAUUUGUAUCGAUGACAUCCAUGGAAAACGUUUUCCUGCCAAACUGUCUUUAUUCCUCUGUGCUUGGCUAUUUUUCUCCAUGUACUUGAUGUUUUUGUAUUAACUGUUCUGUAAGACUUGGGCUUGUUUUAUCAAACAGUUUGUUGCUGGA